CACAACCAGAAGCUUCGUCACCAUUCUCUCUCAUGUAUAAAUAUGUACUUGCUAUAUUCAUGAUAUUUCGCUCACUCGCAGCUAGCAAGAGAAAAAACACGAAGAAGAGAGAACUACGAGAGCGUUUUGCUUCGAGAUCACGAAAAGGCGUCGAAUAAGAUGGAAAUGGAGAACAAGGGUCGAGAACUGAAGCACCUAGGGUUUGUGAGGAUGAUUGCGAUCCACGCUGUGGUAUGCGUUUCGAAUUUGUACGAAUACGCCAAGGGGAACUCAGGGCCCUUGAAAUCGACUGUCGGAACUGUUGAGAAUAUUGUAGCGACUGUGGUUUCGCCUGUUUACGAGAAAUUCAAAAGUACCCCUGGUGAUGUGCUUGUUUUCCUUGAUGAGAAGGUGGAUGAAGGGACAAUGAAGUUUGAUGAGCAUGCUCCGCCUUUGGCGAAGCAGGUUGUUAGCCAAGCCCAGUGUGUUGCCCGCAAGACAUCAGAGGUAGCUCAAGUCUUAGUGCAUGAGGCUCUGGUUGGUGGUCCGUAUGCAGCCAUUCACUAUGCUGGCACACUGUACAAGGAAUUGCUCGUGAAUGGGUCGGUGAGAGUGUGGUAUGGAGUGAAUCAGAUUCCUCCCUUUCAUGCGGUAGCAGAGAUGGUUGUCCCCACUGCUGGCCGCUGGUCGGAGAAGUACAAUAAGACGAUUGCAGACAUGACUGCGAAAGGUCAUACACUCUUCAGCUAUUUUCCUUUAGUCCCUAUUGAUGAGAUGACCAAGGCCUAUAAGCAGGUUGAGACAGCAAAGAAAGGAGAUGCAACUGCUUGCGCUGAACCCCAAACAGAGAUGAAUUAGGAGAUGUCUAUAGUCUGGUAAUAUUCUAGUGUGUGGCGUUUGAAGAAAUGUGGAUAUCUAGUACCUAAAUGAAAUCUGACUAAACUCUCUCUUAGAGGUAUCUGAAAUCUCUUCUACAUGUUUGUCAGGUGGUUUUGAUUUGCUGUAAUUAUACGUUUUUGUUUGUGUUUACAAAUAUGAACUGGAAAAUGUUCUUAGCACAAAGCCAUGGGCUUGGUUGGUAAUUGUUGACAGUCUUAGAAAUCAUGUUAUGUUUUUCAAAAGUUUGUUAAAAUAUACUAAUUUGUUAUACAAAA